CCGGCGGCGGCGCGCGGAGCUGGAGCCGGCUAAAAGGAGCGGCGCGGCAACGGCGGGCAUCCUCCGCUCGUUCGGCAUCUUCUGCGCCAUGGCCCUACGCGGCGGCUUCGCGCGGCUCCUCCGCAAGCGGGCGGACGCGGGGCUGCAGCUGCCCCGGCGGGCGCGCUCGGUGGCGCUGGUGGGCGCCCCGUUCUCCAGGGGACAGAAACGGCGCGGAGUGGACCACGGCCCCGCUACUCUCCGCGCCGCGGGGCUGGCGGAGCGGCUGGCCGGGCUCGGAUGCCAACUGUACGACUUUGGAGAUUUGAAUUUCACUCAAGUUCCCAAUGAUGAACUGUACAACAACUUGAUUUAUUACCCACGGUCAGUGGGGUUAGCCAGCCAGGUACUGGCUGAUGCUGUAAGCAGAGCAGUAGCUGCUGGACACAGCUGCGUCACUAUAGGAGGUGAUCACAGCUUGGCACUUGGUUCCAUCAGUGGCCACACACGGCAGUGCCCACAUCUCUGUGUGAUCUGGGUGGACGCACAUGCUGAUAUUAACACUCCUCUUACAACUCAGUCUGGAAACCUCCAUGGACAGCCUCUCUCAUUUCUCUUGAGAGAACUUCAAGAUAAAGUCCCACAACUUCCUGGCUUUUCCUGGCUAAAGCCCUGCCUUUCAGCAUCUGAUAUUGUGUACAUUGGGUUGAGGGAUGUGGAUCCUGCUGAAUACUAUAUUUUGAAGAACUAUGACAUCCAGUAUUUUUCCAUGAGGGAUGUUGAUCGCCUUGGAAUUCAGAAAGUUAUGGAAAGAACAUUCGAACAGCUGAUGGGCAGGAGUCAGAGACCAAUUCACCUGAGUUUUGACAUCGAUGCUUUUGAUCCCUCACUGGCUCCAGCAACUGGGACUCCUGUUCUAGGUGGAUUAACUUACAGAGAAGGCAUGUACAUUGCAGAGGAAAUACACAACACAGGAAUGCUUUCAGCUGUAGACAUGGUUGAAGUCAAUCCAUUGCUUGGAGCUUCUCAAGAGGAAGCGAAUGCAACUGCUAGUCUUGCAGUUGAUGUGAUAGCAACGUGCUUUGGACAGACGAGAGAAGGGGCGCACACUGCUUUUGAUGAACUCCCAACACCCAGUUCUCCAGAUGAAUCUGACAGCGAAGAGCAAGUGAGGAUUUAAGAAUCCACAAUGCCGGGUACGCUGGACGUUAAAGAGCUCUGCUGAGGCACUUGAGCAAAUAGACUGUCAACACUUGGCAAAUACUGUUAACUUCUCAAUUUUUAAAUAAAAGUAGUUUUUCCACUUGA